UUCGUAAACCGAAAAUUCCGACAGAAUUCCGAGGGUUUCAUUUUCCGUCGGAAUUUUCGGGGUAAAACCAGAUCUGCGGAUCUUCUUCCCCAUUUCUCUCUUUUCUCUCUUUUCCCUUGGCGAUUUCCGGCUCCUCCUCCUCUCCCUUGGCGAUUUCCGGCUCCUCCUCCUCUCCCUCUUGAUAUUCUGGCUCCCCCUCCACCCCCACUCCCCUAAUCUCUCCCUCCUCCAUGGAUUCUAGUGACCAGAGUGCGAGGGCUCGAUCUCGUCGGGCCCCACCGCGAGGCCGCGCUACUUCGACGACCCCUUCGGAUUCUCGGGUUUCGUCUAGCCGGUCUCGGGGUUCGUCAUCCUCAUCGCAGAGCCCCCGUCCCGCUAUGGUUCAGCAUGCGGCUCCUUCUCCCGCUGCGGCCCCUCAUCUUCCUCACGACUUCCCAGACAUUCCCGAGCCUCAUGUCGCUCCAGGAGUGAUGACUGUUGCACAGCUGGUGCAACAGCCAGGUCGUGACCAUCUCCCUUAUCUCACUCUGUAUCCUAGGGAACCCGGUCAGACUUGGUUCGACCGAUCCCAUAACGGGAUCAGCGCUUGGAUCAACAGGAUGAUGUAUUCCGACCUCAAGAAGGGAUACGCAACCUUCACAGUGAUGCCGAGGGAUGAGCAGGAGCUCUGGUUUCGUCAGUUUGGGUGCUCAGUCUAUUCCCACUCUCGCAGACAAGAUGGCGCAAGAAAAUGAAGGUGAGCCCGUGGGUGAUUUCCCUUUGUACAAGAGGAUCCACACCAACAAGACCACGGGCCAGAUUGAUGACGGUCUUGCGCAGGAGGUUGUCUCCCUGGUGGACAGUAUGACACAAGACGAGGAGGCCCGUCUCUCCCAGAUCCAGGCCGAUCUCGAUCUUGACGCCACAUCUACUGAGUCCACUGCCCUCUCUCAAGUCCGAAUCAACGAGCUUCUUGAAUCGGCGAUUCCAAAGAAGAAGGGACGUUUGGUCGGUUUGGGUCGUCGAUCCAAAUCGGUUCCUCCUACGUCUCAGGUGCCAGUUGAUCCUACUCUGAUGGAUCAACUGAAGGAUAAGGAUGAACGCAUCCGUCAGUUGGAGGAGAAGAUGGCGGCUCAAGAGAGAGCUAGAGAGGCAGACAGGAGGCGGAGUGAGAAGAUGAUGGCGGCCUUCAUGAGGCAAUUCCCGGACCAGAACUUCGACGUCGACGAGGACGAGUAGUUCUAACUUUAAUUU